AUGGGAACUACUUUCAAGAAGAAGCGAAUGAAAAUUGUGAACGGCACAAAUCUUGACUGCCUCCGAUUAGCUCAAAAAGUAAUUGAGCUAGUCAAACACAUUCAAACUCAAAUCAAGGAUUAUAUAACCACAUCUUGGGCUCGAAUCGAGCCCUACCUAUACAGCUCAAGUUCUCCUUUGCCAAAGCUACUCCUGUGGUCGGUGAAUUCGAAGAACAACGAGGACGAACUUGAGAAGUUACGAUUCGGAUUUCCUUCCAUCAAUGAAGUCACCCAAUAA